AUGACAGAGCUCUUUAGGAGCCCGAGAGUGAUGAAGAAAGUACAAGAAGAGAUCCGAACCACACUCGGAACCGGAAAGAAGAGAAUCACCGAAGAAGACCUCAACAAAGUUGAUUAUUUACAACACAUAAUCAAAGAAACAUUCAGGCUGCACCCACCAAUCCCACUUGUGACCAGACAAACAAGCGCUCACAUCAAGAUCCAAGGCUACGACAUUCCCGCAAGUACAGCCCUUCAAAUCAACCUGUGGACGAUAGGGCGUGACCCGAAGCGCUGGACCGACCCUGAAGAUUUCAUCCCCGAACGGUUUAUCGAUUCUUCUAUAGAUUUUAGAGGGCAGAACUUUAACCUAUUACCGUUUGGUUCUGGUCGAAGGAUUUGCCCGGCGCUUCCAAUGGCGGUUGCUGCUAUGGAACUGGCACUGUUGAAUUUGCUUUACUUCUUCGACUGGAGAUUGCCUGAUGGGAUGAAAACUGAAGACUUUGAUAUGGAGGAAGUUGGUACUCUCUCCGUAGUCAAGAAAGUACCUCUCAUGCUUGUUCCGGUGGCUCAACGGCAAUGA